AUGAGGAAUAAUUACAAUCCUGUUUCAGAUUCCGAUGACUCUUUCAAAGUGCUCAAUGGUGAAAAGUCAGACGCUAGAUCUUCGGAUGGUACUGGUACGCCUCCUCCGUACUCAGUUCUAAGAAAAUUUACUGAUUCCGGAAACUCUGAUGGAUCAACCUCAGAGUCGGCAAGAAUUUUUGGAUUAUUCUGGUGA